AUGCAUGCAGAUAGCCUCCCGGGGACCAUCAGGCUGGUCGACGACGGCGAUGUUGUCCUGUCUCCGCAGCCGACAAACUCCCCCAAUGACCCUCUGAACUGGUCAUCGUUCCGUAAAUAUUGGCAUGCUUUCCUGGUGUGCUUCAUAACGGCUCUCACUGCUGCGACUUCGAACGAUGCCGGAUCCGCUCAGGAUGGCAUGAAUGCCGAUUUGGGAAUCUCCUAUGAUUCCAUGAACACCGGUGCAGGUGUUCUGUUUGUCGGUAUCGGUUAUUGGACGUUGCUGAGCUCGCCUGGUGCUUGGCUCUACGGUCGGCGAAGCACCUAUCUCAUCUGCUUGACCUCAGGUCUGGUGGGCUCGAUCUGGAUGGCGCGCGUCCAGACAACAGCUGACUCGAUCUGGAAUCAGCUCUUCGUGGGCGCGUCCGAGGCCUGUGCGGAGGCUACUGUCCAGUUGUCUCUAUCCGAUCUGUUCUACGAACACCAACGUGGAACCGUUCUCGGUAUCUACGUUUUGGCCACUAGCAUUGGCACGUACUUGGGCCCGCUGAUUGCGGGUUAUAUAGCAGACAGCAGCCAGGGUUGGCGCUGGAUUGGCUGGUGGGGAGCGAUUAUAUCAGGUGGCACAAUUAUUGUAUGCCUGUUCACCCUUGAAGAGACCCUUUUCGACCGUUCGGCCUAUGGAACAGGUGCUCUUCAGGUCGCUCUGGGGGAAGGGACUCCCACUGGUACCGCAGACGAGGAGCUGGCAUUCAAGAAGGUGGAAGAGCCGGUGUCAACUCGUGUCCAAGAUUCUGCAUACACCGCUGGAGAACUUUCACCAUCGCCUUCGGACUUGAAACCCAAGUCUUACUGGCAGCGGAUUGCACUCAUCACCCCAGCUCCAAACAUCAUUGGAACGGGUUUCAGACAGUAUUUCGCGCGCCUCUUCCACACCCUGCGCAUUUUCUCGUUCCCCGCUGUGAUCUAUUCGGGCAUCCAGUGGGGCGCGCAGGAUGCCUGGUUGACAUUCUAUCUCACACUGGAAGAAGGUACGUGGAUCGGACCACCAUGGAACUACGGUGAUGCUGCAGUCGGUCUAAUGAACGUACCUUGCAUCAUCGGCGCUGUGAUCGGAUGUUUUUACGGUGGUUACGUCUCCGACAAAUUCGUACUCUGGCUUGCAAGACGAAACGGAGGCAUUCAAGAAGCCGAGCACAGACUCUGGCUAUUGUAUCCGUGUGGAAUCAUCAGUCCUGCGGGGAUGCUACUCUUUGGAAUUGGCACAGCAUACGGCUGGACUUGGCACGUACCAUAUGUUGGCUUAGGCUUGAUCGGUUUCGGCUGGGGUUGUACCGGAGACUUGAGCAUGGCGUACUUAAUGGACGCCUAUCCAGAGAUGGUCCUCGAAGGCAUGGUCGGCGUAUCAGUCAUCAACAACUCGAUUGCCUGUAUCCUGACGUUCACGACACAAUACUGGCUCGAUGCUCAGGGGACAAGAAAUACAUUCAUCGAGAUCGCUGCUCUGGAUUUCUUCUUCGUGAUGAUGACGAUCCCGAUGAUGAUUUGGGGGAAGAAGUGCAGAAUCUGGACCCGGGAGCGGUACUUGGACUUCAUCAAGAUUAGAGAUUCGUUAUAG